UCUCGUCUCGCAGCGCUCGCGCGUCUGCGAUGCUCCAUAUUCCAAACGUCCUUCAACCCCACAUCCAUGCGCACCGGUGCCAAGUACCUGCGUAAACGGCUGGUGGGCCCUUCGAUGCUCAACUACUACCCCCGCGAAGUCUCCAUCGCCCAACUUAAUUCAUGGAACCCUGGCUGGGACUUGGUGGAUCUGAAGGAGCAACAGAGGGUGCAGGACGUCGAUGCAAAAAAGAAAAGAGGCAAAGGAACGCCAAAGAAGGCGAAGACGAAAGGCACGUCU